UAGUUUUUAUUCCUGUUAUUUUCUCGAUAAUACACAUAAAACAAUCGAUAAGAUUAUUGAAGUAUCCGAACAAUAUUUAAGCAAAGCAUCAUCUAAAAUUGCCUGAGAAAGGUUAGGAUGAUUUUCAAAUGCAUAGCAUUCCUUCUGUGCCUGACGGCCGCAGUUAGGACUGAGUAUAGUGAGGUUAUAGAGUCUGGAGAUGGACAAUCUAAGCUGGGAAUCACAUAUGUAAAAAAUGAUGGAAUGCUUGUAGAUCUCAUUGUUGGAAAUGAGACGAAACUCUCAGGCCAUAUUGGAAGGAACAUACAUUUCAUACCCAAAGGAUGUUCCAACAACCUUUGCUCUUUCACAGACUCCAAGAAUUUCACCAUAUCGAUUACAAUUCUUCAGGAAAGUUUCAACAUCGAAUGGUUCAAUUUCAACAAUUCCAUAAUAGCUUUCAUUGAUUGCUUCGACUUGAAUUCUACCACUGUGUCAUGGUUUGGAGGGCCAGAGACUUUUAACACUUCUUGGCCCAUUGAAAAGUUGGAACUACGAACACGACCAUUCAUUUCUUCGAAAUUAGAUAAUGGAGCAGUUGUUGAACCUUACUGGCUCAAUUCCAAAGGAGGUUUGGUAUGGGUUAACAGUACAGUUCCUCUUUUUGUUGACCAGAAUAAUGGAUGGAAAGACAAAGUUUGUUUCAUGAGUAGAGCUUAUGAUCCUUAUAACCGAACACAUAAUUUCCUGGCGUACAGUAUAGCUGCGAAAAACAAUUCUAGGGAUGCUCAUAUGUUUGCUGUCCAACAUUAUUUAGGAAAACCACAGAGUCUUCCUGACACACGAAUGGUUCGAGAACCCAUUUGGACAACUUGGGGAAAAUACAAAGCAGAAAUCAAUGACAGUAGUGUACGGGACUUCUUGAAUGACAUAUACAGACACGGGUUUACAAAAGGACAAAUAGAGAUUGAUGACAAAUGGGAGGUUUGUUAUGGAGAUCAAGUAUUUGACACAGAGUCAAGGUUCCGUUCAAUAAAUGAAACUGUUGACCUCAUCCACAAACAUGGCUUCCGAGCUACUCUAUGGACACAUCCCUUUGUCAAUACAGACUGUUCCACCCCAGUUCGUAAUGGUAUAAGGCGAGGUAUCUUCGUCAACAGUUCAACUGGCAACCCAGUAACUUCAUGGUGGAAUGGCAAUUCAUCUUACGUUAUAGAUUUCACUAAUCCGCAUGGUUCAGAUUGGUUCGUGGACAGACUUUUGAGAAUCCAUAAUCUUCAUGGCAUUGAUGGUUUCAAAUGCGAUGCUGGUGAAAACGAUUGGCUUCCAAAUAAACCAAUCUUCAAUACAACCUAUGAUGACGAACCAAAUUCUUGGACUAGGCUUUAUCUGACAGCGUGUUCACAGCUUGGAGGUCUUGUUGAAGUCAGAUCAGGAUUCAGGACCCAAAAUCUGCAAGUGUUCGUAAGAAUGCUUGAUAAAGAUUCAGUUUGGGGUAAUAAUAAUGGUUUGAGAUCGUUGGUUCAUUCCUUGCUCCAGUUCAAUAUGAUUGGAUACACCUUUGUUCUACCCGAUUUGAUUGGUGGAAAUGGUUAUAAUGGUAAUAUUCCGACACCUGAACUCUUGGUAAGAUGGACCCAAGCCAAUACAUUCAUGCCAGCUAUGCAGUUCAGUUACUUGCCAUGGGAAUUAGCUGAUGCUUCGUUCAAUGCAACAGAAAUUGUUAGAAAUUUCACGGAUCUCCACGAGAAGUAUGCUGAUAUAAUCGUUGACGCAAUGAGGAAUUCAACACUAAAAGGUACUCCAGUGAAUCCUCCAAUUUGGUGGAUUGAUCCAACAGAUCCUGUUGCUCUUAGAGUAGAUGAUGAGUUUCUGCUGGGUGAAAAGAUACUAGUUGCUCCUGUUUUGGAUCAAGGUGCGAGAUCAAGGGACGUUUACCUGCCAAGAGGUAGAUGGUUAGAUGGAAACAACCACACUGUAUAUGCAGGAAGGAGGACUUUGAAACGAUAUGCCGCCCCUAUUAAUGUACUGCCCUUCUUUAUACGACUGUAAAAUUGAAGGUUUUAUAUAUUUUUUAUUUCACCAUGAGCAUUGCAAUUCGUCUGUAAUACUUAAAAUUGUAUAAGAUUCUGAGCAAUCGAUAAAUCAUUCAAAAUCUAAGGUGGAACAAAAAAUGAACUCAGUUUGAAAAUAUAUAUGAUUCGAUCGUGAUAUUAAACGUAAUAUUAUUCCAUUGUAAAUUUUGAAAAUGUAAUUAUAUCUCAUUUGAAUAAAAUAUUUAUUGAA